AUGCCCGCUGACGACGACGGCUUCAGCGACAAAAAUUGGGUAUGGGUACCCGAUGGGAACAAUUUUUUCGAUAAAGGUUACAUCACAGAUUAUCUUUCCGAUGGAAAGUGUCGAGUAAAAGUCGUCAAAAAUGGAAGCCAAGAAUCCAUUCUCGAAGUUGAAAGUAAAACUUUGGAGAACUGUAAUCCUCCCAAAUUCAAUAAAUGUGACGAUAUGGCCGAACUCACCCAUUUGAACGAGCCUUCUGUGGUUUACAACUUGUUUCUACGUUAUAACGACGACCUUAUAUAUACCUAUUCGGGACUUUUUUUGGUAGCCAUUAACCCCUAUAAGGUGUUGCCGAUCUACGAGGAUGCUAUGCUCAAGCAAUACCAGACUCAACCUUCAAAGUCCCAGCGCUCACCCUCCUCAAUGUCGCUUUCUUCAGCGUUAUCCUCGUCUCCACAACCGCCAAUGGCCAUUGAUAACUCAGUUCCGGCUCCUCAUAUUUUCGCUACAGCUGAGAACACCUUCAAAAAUCUCCUUGCCAACAAAAAGGACCAGUCGAUUUUGGUCACGGGAGAGAGUGGUGCUGGUAAGACCGAGAAUACCAAAAGAAUCAUCCAGUACCUCUCUUCAACCACAAACAGAAGAGCGCCGUCGCUGAGCUCUAGCGAAGCCUCAACGGUCCAUCCAUCCAUUGACACAAAGAUAUUGCAGGCGAAUCCCAUACUUGAGAGCUUUGGUAAUGCUAAGACCAUCAAGAAUAACAACUCCUCGCGGUUUGGAAAGUUCAUCAAGAUCUACUUUUCGUCUCAAGGUUCAAUUAGUGGUGCCACCAUAGACUACUAUCUUCUUGAAAAGUCCAGAGUCGUGACCCAAGCUGCCGAAGAACGAAACUACCAUAUCUUCUAUCAAUUCCUUAAAGGCGCGGACCAGACUCUCUUAACGAAACUCAAGUUGAGUCGUGACUUGUCCCAGUUUCGGUACUUGUCUCAUCCCAAUGUUAACAUCCCAAAAACUGACGACAAGAAAGAGUUCAUGCAGCUUACUGACUCUCUCAAGAUAAUGGAAUUUACAACCGAGGAAACCGACGACUUGUUCUCGACUCUUGCAGCAAUACUACACAUGGGAAAUCUUGAUUUUACCUCAUGGACGUCAGAACAGGCUACCUUCAGUAGCGGCUCUCCUGUGGAUAUCGUGGCUGAACUCUUGGGCAUCUCGAAGCUGGAUCUUAGUGAAAAUAUGCUCCAUCCCAAAGUUCGAGCCGGCCGUGAGGUUAUGCAAAAACUGAAGAAAGCGUCAGAAGCCAAGUUUACCAUAGACGCAUUUGCUAAAUAUCUUUACGAAAGGAUAUUCCAGUACAUUAUCGAUCGGAUCAACCAGAACUUGCAAUUCGAUCCAUCCAACGACCAAAUGAAUUUUAUCGGAGUCCUCGACAUUGCAGGAUUUGAAAUCUUCGAAAACAACUCCUUCGAGCAACUAUGCAUCAAUUACACAAACGAAAAGUUGCAACAAUUCUUCAACCAUCACUCUUUCAUUUUAGAACAAAGUGAAUAUCUACGCGAGGAUAUUCAAUGGGAGUUCAUUGACUUUGGACAAGAUCUUCAACCGACGAUUGAUUUGAUAGAGAAGCGAAACCCUGCGGGAAUCCUUCAGAUUCUUGAUGAAGCCUGCAUCAUGCCAAAGUCUACCGAUAAGAUGUUCAUGGAAAAACUUGCAAGCCUGUGGGCUCGAGGUAAGAGUGAAAAGUUUCAGCAAAAUAAACUUAAGAGCGGUUUUAUUGUGAAACAUUACGCAGGUGAUGUGGAGUACCAGGUUGACGACUGGCUCCAAAAGAACACUGACCCCGUUAGUGAGAACAUGCUCUCCCUCAUGAAAACAUCCAAGAAUCCAUUUUUGAAACAGUUGUUCGAAAGUGCAGUUUCAUCCACAGCCACAAGCAAGAAGAAGCCUGUCCUGAGGUCAUCAGCUAAGAAACAUAAAGAGCAAUUGGCCUCCUUGAUGAAUCAAUUAGAGUUGACCGAGCCUCAUUUCGUUCGUUGUAUCUUACCCAAUCUUGACAAAAAGCCAAAUAAGUUUGACAAGACCCUCGUAUUACAUCAAUUACGAUGCAAUGGUGUCCUUGAAGGUAUCAGAAUCACCCGGGCCGGGUAUCCGAACAGAAUGACUUUUGCCGAUUUCUUGGAAAGGUACUCGAUUCUCAACAAACGAGAAGUUUUCACAAAGAAUGCUAAAGGCAAUUGUGAGAUAAUCCUCAAGGCCACAGAUCUCGAUCUCGAAUGCUACAAAGUGGGUAUUACAAAGAUCUUUUUCAAGAACGGUAUAUUGGGUAAACUUGAAGAGCUUCGUGAUCUUUGCUUGAAGGGUAUAUUCUCGUCUUUCCAAAGUGUCAUUCGUGGAAAUCUUGCUAGAAAAACAAUUAAAGGGGAAAUUGCUCGUAUUCAAGCAUCGCAAGUGAUUGCGAAAACAUUCAAAUCUUUCGACCAAGCAAGAGAGAACAACUCAUGGUUUAGAUUGUUUGUUCACGUCAAGCCUCUUCUCGAAGAAUCUGUCAAAGUUUUGGACACCAAAGAGAUGAACGACAACUUGAAGUCGCUAAACUUAAAAUUAAAAGAGGUGGAACUGACGAAAGCUGGUCUCGAAAGUGACAACGAAAAGCUUCGCAAACGAAUGGAACAACUCGAGGCAGAGGUUAUCGACGUUACAGAAAUGGUGAAAAGCAAGGACGAGAAGCUAGAGAAAUUGGCAAGAGAUGAGGCGAAGAAAUCCUUGCGGUUAGAAGACGUCGAAUCAAAAAUGAAGAGCUUGAAGAAAGAAAAGGAAAAGCUCUCUGAGGAGAAAAGUAAUCUUGAAAAGCAGCUUGCCGAAACACAAAAAGAGGUUCAGACUUUAAAAGCAGCCAUGGCUGAAUCUGAGAGCGACCAGAAGAAGCACGCACAAGUUGUAAAUGCCCUCAAGAGCAAGAUCGAGGCAAACGAGACCAAAAACAACCUACUCAAGGAGGAAAUCAAACGAAUGAAGGAUGAUCACGAGAGAGGCUUUCGGGAAUCGAAAUCAGAAAUGUCAGAUCUUGAGCAGUUUAACACCCAGCUUAAAGAUGAAAUAGAGCUCCACAAGUCGAAACACGCAACUCUUCAAGACGAACUCGACGAAAUGAAGUCAAGGAAUGAUCACCUCAGAGAAGCAAGUGAAAAGCAUAAAACACUAGCUACUGAGAACUCCUCUUUAUUGGCAAAGAUAGAGUCUUUGGAAGAGAUCAUGAAAAAGAAGAACAUUGACUAUGAGGAAAAAACUGGUGAUUUGAAUGUGAAGCUGCAGCGGAUCUCCGAGCUUGAAAAGGAACUCAAGAAGAGCGAUUCUGAGCAAGAAAGGCUCCGCCGUGAGAUAACGAGAGCUGAAUCGACUCAAACUGACCUAAAGAAGCAGGUAUCUCGUCUUGAACAAGCUGUUAAGGAUAAAGAUUCAGACAUUGGGAAACUAAAAAGUGAGAUGGCUAUUUUGAGCUCAGAACUUAAGACAAAAAAGAAAGACGAGGCUCUCCUAUCAAAGCAGCAAGAGCAACUUGCAGCAUCACUUGAAGACAUCAAGUCUCUUCAAAAGAAGCUUAGAUCUUCUACUGACGAGAACGAUAGCUUGAAGUCGCAAAUUGAAAGGCUUUCGGUGGAUGCUGAGACAAACAAGAAGACAACAUCGACAUACAGCAACGAAAUCAUUAGCUUACGGAAACAGGUGAGCGAGCUUGAACAGUCACAACAAAACUCCGAAAAUUCAAAAGAGAACCAGCCUCCAGAUGCUGCUUUUGUUGACGAAUUUGCAAGUAUGAAAUUGAAACUAAACGAACUGACUGCGCUGCUUCGUAAAGAAAAGUUCGAAAAUCGCCGUCUUGUGGAGGAAAUUAGUCUUUUGAAGGAAAGAUUAUCAUCAGGAGUACCGUCGCCAAGAAAGGAUUCGUAUCUCAACAGAAGAUCGUUAGCAAUAGGGGAAUCACCACAAAAAUCACUCUCAAGUUGGCAAGAUGGUGAGCGAGAAGUUGAGACACUCAAGGCACAACUUGAGCACGCAGAGAGCAACUACCAAAAGGCCGAGCAUUAUGCCAUUGAGUUACAAAAGAAGUUAAACAAGCUACAAUCCAUUCGUUCUCUGGAUACAACGAACGACUACGAAAGGAAAUUCAAGGAAUCCCAAGCACGUAUUCAAGAGCUUGAGCAGAUUGCAGCAAAUUGGAUAGGUGAACAAGAUCUCGAUAAUUCUCGAGACAGUAUCCCAAAAAGUGAAAGUUUUGGAGGAUCGAGCUUGAUAAACAAGACACUUGUGAGUGCCAAUAGUGAUUUUGUCAAGAUUUACAGGGAUAUUACUCGUACCUUAAAAUCGACCAGAGAGGAGCUCUCAGCGUCCAAGUCAGAAAUCUUGAGACUUAAAGCGUUGUUGAAGGAGUCUGAGGACGAGCUAUACGAUUCAAAACGGCUGUCAUUGAAGUCUUCUGUGGGUAAGUUUGAAGAUGAGCUUGCCCAACUCAGAGUCAAAUAUGAAAAUGUGCUGAGCAGAAACACUGAUUUGAGCAAGAAUGUGGAGGUCUUCAAGAGGAGGUCAGAAGAGUAUUUCCAAAAGCUAGAACUAUCCGAAUCUGCCGUCAAGCUUUCAAAGCGGCAUGAGGAUAUAGCCAAGCAAGAACUUUCGGAUGCUAAAACUAAGUUAAAUCUAGCAAGAGAAGAAGCCAGGGCUACUCAAAUCAUUGUGAAGGACCUCAGAAAGCAGAGUUCCGCUUUGGAGACAACCAUCAGUGAUAAAGAGCAUGAGAUCAAACUGUUGAAAAGCAUGAUAAUGGACCUAAAAGAUAAGCUCAACUAUUACAAUCGCAAUUAUGAGAACAAAGCACAACAGGAAAAGUAUAAGGAGGACAUUCGCAUGCUUCACAAAGACCUUCAUUUCAAGACAGAAACCGAGACUCGCUUGAUCAAGGAGAACAAAAACCUUCUUCUUGACUGUGAAGAUUUGAAGCGUGAAAGGCAGGCAUUGGAGGAAGAUCUCGAGUCGUCCACAAAAGCUUUACUUGAGUUGCAAGACUCUAAUGAGGUGCUCACCAGAAAGCUUAGAGUCUUAGAUAACGAAAAGAACCAGCAAGACAAGAAGAUUGGUAACUUGUCGAAACAAAUUGUGUCUAUGAAGGAACUCAUCGCCGACAUAACACUUCAGCGUGACAAUCUUAUGUCGAAAAAGGCUGAAUUGGAAGAGGAAAUUCUGACACUAACGAGUGACCUAGAGGCAACCAAAUCAACCUUGGAAGAAACAAGAAGUGACUUGAGUCUUUUGCGUGAGCAUUUGGACAAUCAAAGGGAAGUCUCUGACAGCAUCAAACUGGAAUUGAACCAGUCUAAGAUCUCUUCUGCAAAGGAAAGCCAGGAACUUCAGAACUUGCGCAAAGAGAUUUUGGUUACGGCGGAAGAGAAUGAGUCGUUGAAGAAGGUGACUAAAGAUCUUGGACAAAAAGUGCAUGAAUUGGAGGAGAAGUUGUAUACAAACGAACAGCUCAAAUACUGGGAAUCAAAGGUUGCUGACCUUAGCAGAGAGUUGAAGGCAUCCAAGGACGUGCAUCACGAAUCCAUCAAGAAUAUCAAAGAGCUCGAGAGAGCUAAAAGAGCAUUGGAGAUUCAGGUUCAGAACGAGUCGAGUUUGAGUAAGAGAUACAAUGACGAGAAUUUCGAAUUUCAAAACCAGGUUAAUCGUUUGAAGAGUUCACUUGAUAUUCUUCAUGCGGAGAGUCUGGAGAAGGAUCUUGCGUUGAAGACGGCCCAACGUGAUAAUGAGGAAAUGAGGGAUAGAAUGGAAGGAAUGGAACGCGAAUUGAGGCAGCUUCGGAGUCAAGUUGGUAUCUAG